AUGGCGAAUAGAGUAAGAAGGGUGAUUCGUGAAGAAGUUGGGGAUGGAUACUUUUGUAUUUUUGUUGAUGAAGCACAAGAUGCAUCUAAGAGAGAACAAAUGGCUAUUAUUUUGAGGUUUGUGAAUGGUCAGGGUAUUUUAACGGAACGCUACUUUGAUAUCAAAAGCGUCAGCGACACCACAUCAUCAAGUCUAAAAAAUGAGAUUGUAAAUGUUCUUGCUCAACAUGAACUUGAAGUGUCAAAAAUGAGAGGCCAAGGAUAUGAUGGUGCUAGUAAUAUGCGGGCUAAAGAAGUUGAUGUUAUUUGGGAGUUCUUUUCUCAUCUGGACAAUAUUAUCAACAUUAUCACUUCUUCCCCUAAGCGCGUUACAGAGUUACAAUCUGCUCAAAGAAUUGAAAUUGAGCAUAUGUUAGCUAUCGGGGAGCGUGAGUCGGGAAGUGGAGCAAAUCAAGUGGAUAAUUUACAACGACCAGGAGCAACUCGUUGGAGUUCUCAUUAUGACUCUAUAAAGAGUUUAAUAGAUAUGUAUAAUGCAACUUGUGCAGUGUUUGAAAAUCUUAGUGUUCAUUGUCCAAAUGGAAAAUCUCGAGGUGAAGUUCGUGGUACUUACAAACAUAUGAAAAGUUUUGAUUUCGUGUUCAGUUUGCAUUUAAUGCAUACCAUCAUGAGAAUAACUGAUGUUUUUUGUCAAGCCCUUCAAAGGAAAUCUCAAGACAUCCUGACAGCUAUGAGAUUCGUUUCUACUACAACAAAACUCCUCCACAAAUUAAGAGAUGAUGAUUGGGAAGAAUUUCUUGAGGAAGUGAAAAAGUUUUGCUCAAAACAUGAUAUUGAGAUACCCGAUCUAGAAAGUUUAUAUAAGGUUGGUCCUUGCCAUUCUCGUGAUCCAAUUACAAUGAAGCAUCAUUAUCACUUUGAUGUUUUCAAUGAAGCAACAGAUUACGUAUUGAUGGAAUUAAAUACAAGAUUUAAUGAUACAUCAGUUGAACUUCUUACACUUAGUGCAGCGUUGGAUCCCAGGGAUUCAUUUGCAUCAUUUAACAGUCAUGAUAUUUGUACACUUGCUAAGAAAUUCUAUCUUGAAGAUUUUCCAAAGGAAGAUAUUCGUACUUUGGAAUUGAGUUGCGACACUAUGAGCUAG